UGUAGUAGGGUAGUGUGUAGUAGGGUAGUGUGUAGUAGUAUGUACUAUACAGUAGUAUGUAGUAGGGUAGUAUGUACUAUGUAGCAGUAUGUAGUAUGUAGCAGUAUGUAGUAGGGUAGUACGGUAGUGUGUAGUAUAUACUAUGUAGUAGGGUAGUAUGUAGUAUGUAGCAGUAUGUAGUGGGUAGUGUGUAGUAUGUACUAUGUAGUAGGGUAGUAUGUAGUAUGUAGUAGAGACCGUUUAACAGAGAACACUGAUUCUGGCGUUGGAGAAAUACAUCACGUAAGACAGCAAUGACAGGUUAAUUAUUGUAACUUUUUAAAGUGGUCCUUUGCACUACAGGUGAAAUCACGAAUAAUGGAGGUUUCCACAAGGAGGAUGCGUAAUUUGGAGCCAGCAAGGCCACUGCGCAGACUAAAUAGUCAUCAAGUGGUUACACAAGUAGUGGCUGAGCCUCUGGAGAACCCAAGAGAAAGACCAGUAAACACGAUAAGAGUGGAGCAUUUUAAUGAAACUCUCAAGCUGAACAGCCAAAGAAAAGCACCUGAGAAACCAGAGAGAAUAUCAUACAGCAGAAACUUCUUGAUCAAGCUGGCAAAUGCACCAAUGGCAAAGAAAAAGCCGGACUUUCUGCCAGAUCACCCAGUAGUUUUGGACAAGGUGAGGGAACCAGACACACACCAGCUAGUUGGAAACAACUGCGCUAAGGUGGACAUGUACUGUCACCUGAAUAAUGAUUCCUUUCGGUGUUGGAGUUUCAACUGAUUCUUCUCUACUGUUCCAUCUUUAACGUGUAAUAAUGACAAAUUAAGAAGCGAUGACAAUGUCUGUAGAAGGUUACCGUACUGUAUGUCAUUGUCUUUGUGGAAAUGGUUCAGGUUCAUAGCCUUCACAGGGCUUUUGGAUAAGUUUCCAUUUUGGCCUCUGACGUUAUUUAUUUUGUCAUUUAGACCACAUCCUGCAGUUUCUUAUUUUAGUGUGUGCUUUGUAAUUCUUACUAACAUUCAGAUGACCUUGUGUGACGUGUGUGUGUGUGUGUGUUUUAACUGGAACACUAACAGAGCAUUGAGGAAUGUAGUAUAGAGUUGUACUGAGGAGACUGUAUGCCUGAGGUCCUUUAAUAUGCAAAGUUUACACGAUUCCAUAAAUCCAGAUUAAAUUAAACAUCCUGCACAUAAUUAUUUGCCCAAAUAGACCAUGCUGCUUGUUUGUGUGCCUAACUGUAAAUAAGGGAAAUAAUGGGUUUGA